AUGGAAGACACACCGCUAAUUGCCGCACAUAGAUAUGCAAACGACGCGGAGGAGGCAGAAGAGAGGGAACAGUGGCAGAACGCCAUGGAAGCACAUUAUCGUGCUGCUGAAAAAUUCUUAGAAGCCAUAGACUGUACAUCUGAUCAAGGGGCAGUGAGAACACUGAAACUUUUAUACGCCAAUCAUACAAGGCAGGGGAAAGACUUGGGGCGUCGUCUACAAUCUUAUGCCUCAUCCUCUUCCCGAUCAUAUACCGACUUUGCUACACCGUCAAACACUCAGUCCUCACGCACCGCUCCACCCUCUCGUCUUACAAAGCGUGGCCAUCCAUCUUCAAACCCUCCCCGCCCCGGCGCUGGUCAAUCUACUUCCAAGCAUGCUACUGGCACAUUUCCUGGUCAUGAUAAUCGCAAGUCUUCAAAUAACAAGCAUCACGUCAAUUUCAGUCAGACAGAUUUCUCACUACCUCGACAACCGCUGACGUCUCUGGAGAGCAGUACCAUUUCCGACAAGAUUGAUGAAAGCUACAUGGUUUUACGUCCUGGCAAUGAUAAUACAGAUGAGGAUGAUGCAGAUCCGUUCAAUAAGUUUUGGGAGAUUGUAGAGACGUUAGUGCAGAAAGUGUCAAACCCUGUUGCGUUUGCUACUGCACCAUUGACGAGUAACGAGAGUAUUGAUGGUCUGAACGCGGACGGAGCAAUAGGAAGAAAUGGCGAUGGCAGGAGAGUUGGCAAGGGUAGAGUUGAUAAGAGAAGUGAUAAUACGAGCACCGGUGACGAUAGUCAAACAGAUGAGCUUACAUCGCAAAUGUUGGAGUCAUUUUACAUAAUACCCAAAGAACAGAAGCCAGGCCGUCAUAAUAGUCAUCAGUCGACUUCGUCGAAUACAAGUAAAAUAGGUUAUGCAAAGACAAUAGAAGAAUAUGCAAUCGAGAAUAAGCAAUUGAAAACUAUAAUUGAUAACAUGUCAAAAAGAAUGAGUGCUUACGAAAAGGCGGCGCAAGAGAAUAAUAUGUUGAAAUCAAGCAUUCUUCAAUUCAAGAAUGAUAUGCAAAAGCAGGCCAAGCGCAUCAAGGCGUCUCAAGAAAUACUACGGGGUUCGGGUUCAGGCGCAUCAAAAACGUCUCCAAAAACGUCCCCGAAAACGUCUCCCGAAAACUCAACAGUUUCAACGACGGUGUUUCUACAAGGACGAAUAAAAGAACUUGAGGAUGAGUUACGAUCCGUCAAAGCUGAAAACGAACAGCAGGCAGCAAAAAUGGCAAAAUAUCGUGCGCGAUGGGAGACUCUCGUCGGAGAUGCUCGGAAGCGACGUACUACCAAAAAUCCAGAGCGACGGUCAUCAUCAGGACACUUGUCUGCAAAAUCUUCUGGGAAAUCGUCCGAACAAUCGUCCGGGCAGCCGUCUGCACCACCGUCUGAACAACCGUCCGAACAACAAUCUGAACAACCAUCUGAACAACCAUCUGGGCAACCGCCUGCACAACCGUCUAGACAAUCUUCUAGAUCAUCAUUUAAUACAAAUGGUGGACACAGACAAGAUGAACCAGAAUCCAGUAUUAAACCCAACGGCGCGAGCACGGAUAACAAGAUAAAUGGUGUUGAAAUGAGAGUUAGUGAGAUAUUUUAG